UUCCCUUCAAGGUUUAAGGCAACGGCGCUCUCUCACCCACUCUCACUCUCAGUCUCAUUUUCAAGAUGUGGGAGGAUUGUUACGAAGGUAAGUCUCUGUUGAGCCCUGAAUCCGCCUCUAAGCUCUGUUUGUCCAUCACUCAUGUCUUCCAAACUUGGCUCAAAUCUCUCCCCAAAGAAAUCAUACCCAACAUCCUAAUCAGACUACCCAUCAAAUCCUUGAUCAAAUUCACCUCUGUCUGCAAGUCUUGGAGGUCCACCAUCAAAGACCCAAGCUUUAUCCGCACCCACCUCACCCACACUCUCAAUUUCAAUGACCAAAAUGCCACCCACCUCAUUCUCCUCCACACUGUUUUCAGUGAAGGCACUUCCACCCCUUUUGGAAGAGUUCACAUUUCUGGGUUCCAAGAAGACUCUUACUCUUUGCAUUAUGAUAACAAUGAUGUCAGUCACUACUGCAAGGUUGAGUUCCCAAUUGGUCUUAAGGAAAAAAUGGUCAAUCCGUGUCUUCGUGUUGUGGGUACUUGUGAUGGGCUAGUUUUGCUUGCUGAUGAUUUGGGGCGUUAUGCUUACAACUUUGUUAUAUGGAACCCUUGUGUAAGAAAGUAUGUGACCCUUUCCAAGCCCAGUGUUAGGUUUGCGACUCACGGUGGGUAUGAGGCUUCCCUUGGUCUCGGUUAUGAUGCUAUUGGUAAUGAUUAUAAGGUUGUGAGGGUGACCACUCUUUUGGAUCUACCUGAUGAGCUCCCGACGACUUUAGCUCAGGUUUAUUCACUAGCCACAGGUUCUUGGGGCAUGCUUCGUGUUCUUCCUCCAUGUCAAGUGCCUGGCUCCUGGGUCCAGGCUUCUGUUAAUGGGACACUUCACUGGCUGGCUCUCCGUUGUGUGGAUGAUCAUUAUAGCCAUUUUGUUGUGGCAUUUGAUGUGGGAAGUGAGUCGUAUCGUGAGAUAAUGUUGCCCAAGUGCUUUAAAGCGGAGAAGUCAUUGGAGUUGAGGCUGUGUGCUUCGGGUGAUAGAAAAUCCCUUGGUCUGUUUGUGAGGUGUAAGAGUGAGUCUGAUUGUUUUCUUGAUAUAUGGGUGAUGAAGGAGUAUUGCAUUGAGAAGUCGUGGACCAAAUUGAUGAUUCUCACUCCACAAGGUCCCAAAAGAAGUUUGCCGGAGGCGUUGUGUUUUAGGAGGAAUGGUGAAGUGAUGUUGGUACUUGAAGAUGACCGUGAGUUGGUUUCACUUGACAUUGGGAGCAAACAGUUUAAAAAUCUUGGGAUUUCUGGAGGUCAGGUUUGCUCUGUUGACUCGUAUGAAGAAAGCCUUGUCUUGCUCAACAAGAAAGAUGCAAUUUCUUACUGAGGGGAAAAAAAUAGGUAAGCUGAUGAUAUGUUAUAGAACUGGCUUCCCCUGACUUUUAUUUCAGUAUCUUCUUGUUUAAUGCAUAUGCUGUUAACUUUAUAUGACCUACAACCACUGAAUUUGAUAUUCUAUAUGCUCAUUGAUUUAGUACCCUUGCCAAGUGUUAUAUUUUCACUUUGCUGUAUAGUUCCUCUGUUCUUAGCUUUCUGGGUGUUUUUUGGUCAACUUGC